AUGGUUGAUGAACCGAUUGAUAAAGAUGUGUAUGAAGCAGGCAUUCCGCUCUCAUUCGAACUACCAGCUGGAGUUGCAGCUGAACAUGUCUUCAGAUUUUCUGUUAAAGCAAUCAGUGUUGCGCAAAAACUAAGAGGCAAUUUGACGUUCUUCGUGGAUCGUGAGAAUGGUGUGGCUCAGGAUAAGCUCGACUUCAUUAUUCUGAUGCCAGCUGUGUCAUUCCUGAUACCAGCUACUAUUACAAGGUAG